CCGGGGCGGGGCAGGCGGCGGUCGGCUCCCACUGCCGAGCUCGGACCUUCCGCCUCCGGCGACACUUGCUCUGGGCCAUGGCAGCGGCGUGGGGACGGUGGGCUCGGGCAUGGCUCUGCAGAACGGCCUGGCAGGGCUGCGGCCGAAACUACCGCGCCGCGCUGUGCACCGAGUUGAAGCGGCCCCUGGUCAUUGAGGAGGUGGCCCCUCGCCCUGUCCAGCCGCACGAGGUCAGAGUUGAUGUUCAUUUCUGUGGGAUUAACUUCGCUGAUAUUUUGGCCUGUCAUGGUCAGUAUCAGGAAAGGCAUCAACUUCCCUUCACUCCCGGAAUGGAGUUUUCUGGGAUUGUAUUGGAGACAGGCACAGAUGUCAGCACGGUGAAAGAGGGAGAUCGAGUUAUUGGCCUGCCGAGCUUUAAUGGUAUGGCUGAAGAAUGCAUCAUUGACCACAAGAACCUGUGGCAGAUUCCAGAAAAGGUGUCCCUCCGAGAAGCGGCUGCCCUGCCCGUAUCCUAUGGCACUGCUAUUUUCGCCCUGGAGCGUCGGGCCUGUACCCAGCCUGGAGAAACUGUUCUAGUGACGGCAGCAGCUGGAGCCACAGGCCUCGCCAUGAUAGAUGUGGCAACAAACAUUCUUCAGGCCAAGGUAAUAGCUGCAGCCGGAAGUGAUGAAAAGUGUCAGCUGGCGAUGCAGAGGGGGGCACAGUCCAGCGUGAACUACAGUUGGGGCAGCCUUAAGGAGGCAGUGGGGAAGCUGGUGGGCAGUGGCGGGGUGAACGUGGUCAUUGACAUGGUGGGAGGAGACGUCUUCCUGGAGGCUCUCCGCAGCCUGGCAUUUGAGGGCAGGAUCGUGGUGGUAGGUUUUGCUGGAGGAACCAUUGCUUCUGUACCAGCCAAUCUUCUGCUCCUGAAGAAUGUUACUGUCAUGGGGCUGUACUGGGGCAGAUACCGGCACCAGAACUUUCCCAUCUUCUCCAGAAGCCUGUCCUCAGCACUUCAGUACUGCCAGGAAGGGCGCAUCCAGCCACACAUUGGAGAGGUUUUUAAACUGGAAGAGGUCAGUGAUGCCUUUCUUCAUGUCACACAGCGUAAAUCCACAGGCAAGAUGCUUCUCUCCCUUAAGUAAAUUUUCACUUCAGCAAACUCAGCAUGUCUAAAUCCAAACUCAUCAUCUUUCCAAAAAAAACCUGAUUUCCCUUCCAUGUUUUUUUCCAUAUUACCACAUUCCUUAUUAAUCCAGUUUCAAGAUCUUUUAGAGUCAUCUUUUAUGCUGUUUUCUUAUUCCUAGAUAGUGUGAUCAUGUACUUUAUUGUCUAGACUUGGACACAGUUGAGAUGAAAGGCUGCUAUUAGUGAUUACACCAGGAGAACAGGUGUCCCAAGAUGUAUGAUCACCUAUUCAAAUGCAUCCAUGGCCAAGUUCUGUCAUCUCCACCUCUAAGAAGUCUUACACCUCCACAUCCUCUUUUCCAUUCUGACUAAUCAUGUCAUAUCUGCUAAUUCCAGUGACCUCCUAACUCACUUUCCUACCUUUCAUCUACCCCCUCCCUCUCCAUUCCCGUUAUAUGUUAUUGCCUUGGUGACCGUCCCAAAGGGCAGCUACAAUGGUGUGUUGUCUCAGGACCCUACAGUGGUUCACCAUUGUCGCCAUGGUGGCGUUCGGACUCCUUGAGCUGGCAUUUCACCAUGACCAGGACUUGGCCCCUCUCUGCCUUCCAGCCCACACUGGACGGCAGCACUGGUCUCUCAGCGUAUACUGAGACUGCUUGUCUCCACCUUCCUCUUCUCAAGCUGUUUCCUCGUCUCCCUUAUCUUUGUUACUCAUAAGCCUUCCUGGCCUCCGAGACCCACUUCUGCCACGAGCUUCCCCCUCAGGUGGGUGGCCGUCUCUUCUCUGUCUUUCUGUAGCACCUCCCUCAGUGUGUGUCACACUCUGCCUUGUACCAGCAGGAGUGGCAUGCCUAAAGGAGUGAACCCAGGAUUCUGAACCCAAGAGGUGGGUUUGAAUCUCAGUCUCAGCACAUUGGAGGUGGUUACUUAAGGUCUUCAAGCUUUCAUUUUCUCCUGAAGAGUGGAUGUUAUCGUCUCCCCCUCAUGAAGUUAUUCUGAGCAAUACUUGCAGUGAUUGGGCAAAGCACCUGGCACACAGUAGGUGGUUAGCACUUGCUAGUUACUUUUACUUCUUUCUUUCUUCCUUUCCCAAGGUAGCAUAAGGUCCUAGAGAGCAGGUACCAUGUCUGAUGCACCUUUGUAUCACACACACACCUAGCACAGUGAGUUACCCUUGAACUGAAUUGAAUUUGAGUGAUCUGAAAGUCUUAAGUUGUGGGAUUAAGUUAAGAAUAUGUUACCUUGGGAAGAACCCAAAUGUUCACCAACAGACCAAUGUAUAUACAUACAAUGGAGUACUAUUCAACCUUGAAAAAGAAGGAAAUUCUGACACAUUCAGAACAUGGAUGGACCUUGAGAACACUGUGCAAAUUGAAGUAACCCAGUCCCAAGAGGCCAAAUACCAUUUAAUUCCACUUAUGUGAAGUACCUAGAAAUGUCAGAUUCAUAGAAACAGAAAGUAGAAUUGUGCUUGCCAGGGCCUAGGGGUGGAGGAAAUGGGGAGUUAUUGUUUAAUGUGUCUAAAGUUCCAGUUUGGGAAGAGGAGAAAAUUUUGGAGAUGAACAGUGGUGAUGGUUGCACAACAACGUAAACAUAGUUAAUGCCACUGACCUGUACACUUAAAAAUGGCUAAAAGGGCAAAUUUCAUAUUGUAUGUGUUUUACCAAAAUAAAAAAUAAAAGAAUAUAUUACCCUCUCA